UUUUACAGCAGCAUAGUAUUCCAUCGUGUAGAUGUAGCACAGUUUUCUAAUCCAUUGAUUUAGUCUCUGAAUAUACUCGCCAUAACAAGGGUCCUUCGUAGCAUGACUGUAAAAAUGUGUCAGCUCUGUACUGUGUGUGGUUGACGUGGACGUGAAGAAGCCCAAAGAUGGCAAGGGCAGAGCGAACUCCGCGUGGCAAGGGUCGGGGAGUGGGGCUGACGAGGGAGGUCUGACGGGGAAGGAGAGGAGAAGCCAGCCUGGGGGGCAGAGUGCCUGGAACCCAGCAUCAAAGGCCCCUGCCUGGGCUCGGGCCAGCAGGGCUCACCUCCCUUCUCUCUGCCGCAGGAUGGGGUGCGUGAAGUCCAAGUUCCUCCGGGAUAGAGACAAGGUCUCAAAGAGCGAGGCCAGUGCCAACCCACACAGCCCGCUGUAUGUGCCAGAUCCCACGUCCACGGGCAAACGGCGACCUGACCCCAACAACGGCAACCCCCCCGGGUCCACGGAGGCAGGUUCUAAGGAUAACAUCGUGAUUGCCCUGUAUGACUACGAGGCCAUUCACCAUGGAGACCUCAGUUUCCAAAAGGGAGACCAGAUGGCGGUCCUGGAGGAGUCGGGGGAAUGGUGGAAGGCUCGGUCUCUGGCCACCCGGAAAGAGGGCUACAUCCCAAGCAACUACGUUGCCCGCGUUGACUCUCUGGAGACAGAGGAGUGGUUCUUCAAGGGCAUCAGCCGGAAGGAUGCAGAGCGCCAACUUCUGGCCCCUGGCAACGUGCUGGGCUCCUUCAUGAUCCGCGACAGCGAGACCACCAAAGGGAGCUACUCUUUGUCGGUACGAGACUACGACCCCCAGCAUAGGGAUGCAGUGAAACAUUAUAAGAUCCGGACCCUGGACAAUGGGGGCUUCUACAUCUCCCCACGAAACACCUUCAGCACCCUGCAGGAGCUGGUGGCCCACUACAUGAAAGGGAGUGACGGACUCUGCCAGAAGCUGACGGUGCCCUGCGUGUCCUCCAAGCCCCAGAAGCCGUGGGAGAAAGACGCCUGGGAGAUCCCUCGGGAAUCCCUCGAGCUGGAGAAAAAGCUUGGAGCCGGGCAGUUUGGGGAAGUCUGGAUGGCCACCUACAACAAGCACACCAAGGUGGCGGUGAAGACCAUGAAGCCAGGGAGCAUGUCUGUGGAGGCCUUCCUGGCAGAGGCCAACCUGAUGAAAACUCUGCAGCAUGACAAGCUGGUGAAGCUGCAUGCAGUGGUCACGGAGGAGCCCAUUUAUAUCAUCACGGAGUUCAUGGCCAAAGGAAGCCUGCUGGACUUCCUGAAAAGUAAUGAAGGCAGCAAGCAGCCAUUGCCAAAACUCAUCGACUUCUCAGCCCAGAUUUCGGAAGGCAUGGCCUUCAUCGAGCAGAGGAACUACAUUCACCGAGACCUCCGAGCCGCCAACAUCCUGGUCUCUGCGACCCUGGUGUGUAAGAUUGCUGACUUCGGCCUGGCGAGGGUCAUCGAGGACAACGAGUACACGGCCCGGGAAGGGGCCAAGUUCCCCAUCAAGUGGACAGCUCCUGAAGCCAUCAACUUUGGCUCCUUCACCAUCAAGUCAGACGUCUGGUCCUUUGGUAUCCUGCUGAUGGAGAUCGUCACCUACGGCCGGAUCCCAUACCCAGGCAUGACAAACCCUGAGGUGAUCCGGGCGCUGGAGCGUGGAUACCGCAUGCCCCGGCCAGAGCACUGCCCUGAGGAGCUCUACAACAUCAUGACGCGCUGCUGGAAGAACCGCCCCGAGGAGCGGCCCACCUUCGAAUACAUCCAGAGUGUGCUGGACGACUUCUACACGGCUACGGAGAGCCAGUACCAGCAGCAGCCGUGAUGGGGACCACGGCAGGGCCAGGCUCUGAGGCGAUGCCUGUGAGGUUCACCAGCGCCAUCUGCUAGAUGUCCGCUCACCCUUCUCACUCCCAGACACCCACCCUCACUCCAGCCUCGGUUCCUCAUCUGUCAAGUGGGUGGGCUGGACUGGACAAACUCUUUCUGAUUCUAGCAAUCCACAAUCUGCCAUUCUCAGGAGACCCCAAGUUAUAUUUCUGUUGCCUGGGACAUUUGGAUUCCAGUUACAGCUGUGGUUUGAAUAGAAAACUUUAAAAAUAAUGAAAUAUUUAAAUAAAAGAUAGAAAUGCUAAAGGCUA